AUAUUGCGUGGUGCAUGGUUCAAGCAUUGCGAAUAAUUUCGGCUGCCUUCGUACGGUGUUCGUAAUCCUUCGGUCGUGUCCGGGGUACAUCGGAGGGAAUCGGCUUGGCGGGUAGUUUCACGAUCGCGUGGCUUCUGUCCGGCUUCCAGUCUAUAGAUUUCGCUCCGUCGUGAUACGUCGUAACGCGUGUGUUGUCAAAUUUUCAAAAUUUUUUUUUAAUAAUUAAUUAAGUGACAUUAUUUGUGAGUGUUUCUACUUUCCCCAGUUCAUCAGCAUGGACAUGUACACGAUGGUUGAGGGUGAUGCUCAUCUUUUCAUCAGUUCUUCAGAAUUCUUCUCAGGGAUCACAAUCGCGCGUUACGGUGUUUAAGAACGGUGCAGAGAGAAGUAUGCGAAAAAGAUCGAUAAUCGAGGAGCACCCGAACGUUUCUCGACGCGAACUCAUCGGCGGACAAGGAAUUCUUUCGAGGGUCCGAAAGUUCGCAAAUUGCGGACGCAGUUAAGCGAAACUCGCAGGGGUAUGCGAUGGAAAACAUGGUCGCAAAUGGCCGACAAGUGGUUGCAACCAAAGUGUCGCCGUUAAGAAGUUAAUCGCAGUCAUGUCGAACGAGACUAACGCGACGGACGAUUUUCUCGACUACGACAUCAACGAGUCGUUCAGCUUCUUCGACUGGACGGAAUUGGCACCCACGCUAGUCGUCUACUCCCUCACAUUUUUCCUCGGUUUGAUCGGAAAUGUUGUCAUCAUCGCUUCUACGUUGUGCCCGAGAUUGAGACCCUUACCAGCUACACCAACCAACGUCUUCCUCGGCGGUUUGGCUACGGCUGACCUUUUGCUUAUAACUUUCUGCAUUCCUGUAAAGAUCGCCAAGCUGUUCUCUUACACGUGGACUAUGGGCCUGUUCCUAUGCAAGUCGGUGCAUUAUAUGCAGAGCGUAUCGGCUAUUUGCUCGGUCGUCACGUUAACCGCAAUGUCGAUCGAAAGGUAUUACGCCAUUGUUCAUCCAAUGAGGGCACAAUACACCUGCACUAUAAGCCAAGCCCGUAAAAUAGUGAUUAUAACUUGGGUGGCAUCGUUCCUUCUUGGUAUUCCAAUGAUUUUCACUCAGACACACAAAGUGGUUGGAUUAAGGGUGAUCGCUUACUGGUGCGUUCGGGAUUCGGAUGCAGGACUUUUAUGGCGUGCACACGAAGUUUACAUGCUCGUGUUAGUUCUGGUGUUGCCUUUAACGGUUAUGGCGUUUUGUUACACCGCUAUUUGUUGGGAAAUUUGGCUAGUCAUGAAACGGCGAUACCACAUGACGUCGCGUCACGCGCUGAGCCCGAACAAUGCUGAUACGGAAUCGAUACCCAUGACACAAAGGCAGAGCAUGCGGAACGGUCGUCGUACUUAUCGAGAAGACGGACAGACCGAAGAAGAAUCCCGCACGAUGAAACAGGUGGUGAAAAUGCUGGUGGCUGUGGUGGUGUUAUUCGCCAUCUGUUGGGGUCCAAUUCUUGUAGACAACACCCUCACCGCUUAUGGUUAUCUGCCGCGAGUGAAAACGGGAAUGCAUAAACACCUUAACACGGCGUUUCAGUUGAUGGCUUAUUUUAACAGUUGCAUAAAUCCGAUCAUCUAUGGAUUUAUGUCGAAGCACUUCAGGGAGAGUUUCUUAUCCGCGGCUUGCGGUGGUUGGUGGAUCUGUUGUCCCAGAAGAGGUUACAGGGCCCCGGUGAAGAGGCAUCCUAGCCUCAGCCAAACCAGGACGACCAGUGUCAGAUUGAUAUGGAUAAAUAUGUAUGAUACCCUGAGGCGAUGGACUUGAUUUUUUCGUCGUGGCCGGCCCACGUCGAGGCAGCUUUUCACAGGUAAAAAAACCGCGGUAACAGCAGUGCCGAAGGAGAACAAGAGGCCAGCGCCAUCCUGAGAAAACUGUUUUUUUUUGCCCGAGAUUCCAACCCAGGAAGACCACAUUUCUCCACGACACUCAAGCCGAUUAUCUUCAAGAACGUUCGUGUAAAUUGUGCAAAAACGCUCUCUUUUGUGAAUUCCACGCGUCUCAAAAAUAUGUUUCAUAGUCGAGGUAGUGGAACGGGAAGAGAUUUUUCUUCUUUUUCUCUGUCUGUUCUCGCUUAGAAAGCAACUCCAAAAACAGUGAUGGGCGGAAUACGUGCCCGACAAAGAGCUCACGGAUAUCAGCGUGCACGAUGUCUGCAAUGUUGAGUUGACGGACAUCCACGCAUUGAAAUUGAGAAAUAUAGUACUUUCAAGUUAAGAAAUUCAGAUUACUCUCCAGUGCUCGUGAAUACGCACUGCUUGCAUGUCCGUGUACCUCGCGGGCAUAGUUGUCCAUCACUGUUCUGUACUGUUGCUCCCAACUGCAAUACAAACACUCAUAAAUUAAGAACAUUUGUUGACUCGAACAUCGAACGGGAUACCGAUUCGUUUAAAGGAACUUUAUGAUCGUUUUUGUGACAAGGUGUUAACCAUUUUUCUGGACGUAAACAGAAACCUGUUCAUCGAGUAAAUAAUCAUUUAUGAAAGAUUUAUGUGAUUAUUCGUCCACGCGACAGAAAUUUAAUCGAUUUACGUGUGCGUGAAAAUUUGUACUCUCUACGAUUGUAGGAAAGGAUCCAGCAAAAAUCUUGAAUCGAUGCAUAUUCGAUAAAUUCGAUGAGAAAGAUUCGACGAUGGGCUCGAAUGAAACAAUUAGCGAAAUCUUUUCCAUAUUUUAAGUAGUAAAUAGGUCCACUUAGGCGUUUCUUACUUUGUAAGCGUAGGAAAUAAGAAAUGAUGUACACUCUUUGAAUCUUUCGAGGUAAAUCUUUCCAGCUGUUCCUACAAAAAGAAGAAAUAGUAUCUUUUCUAGUAUUCGAUGUAAUUGAUUGUGAAACAUGUAUUUGUACAUAUGAAUUUAUUCAGUAUUCUCCUGUUUUGGAGUAUUUUAAAUAUAAUCGACACUCGAGAUUUUCGACAGUGGCGUAACUGUGCAAAAAUUAACGUACGGGAUAAUAGGAUUAUACCUCGUACCGUUUAUCUUGAUGCCGUGCUGUAAUGAUCAGUAAUUCGCAGAAUAGGUCGAUAAUCCUGAAUCAGAGUUAAGUGUUAAUAGCUUAUCAAUGAAAAUCUCGAAUGGUUUUCAUGAAAUGGGGAAAAAAAUCGCUAAUCGACUGACAGAGAAACAUAUAAUAUUUCUACGUCAAUCUGUGUACCCCUCAGAUAAAAAAAAAAGAAACGAGAAUUGUAGCUUUUAUCGCUUAUAACACGACACGUUUGCAGUGACGUAAGACAAAUUCCAGUACUCGAGGAAAUUCUGUGGAAAUUCCUCGGGCAUUUUACUCUAUAUAUUCAUUCUAGACGAAGAAUUUUCGAAAUCGUGCUUUUGUCGGUGUAUCGUUAGAAUAGCGAAUACUUAGAAUACGACAGAAGAGAAAAUCUUUCGUAUUUAUCUCUGAUUAUAUCUGUGUUACAUCCGUAACAGGAACAGUAAGAAACGAUGCAAGAAAACGUUUCGUCCGAGAGCAUUUUUUUGUAAGAUUCUUCUGACACGCGACGACGGCUCAAUUAGUUGACUAAUUAAGCGAUGCGAGAACGAUGGCGAUGCUUAAUGAAGCUCGCCGAUCGAUCGACAAGCUUCCGUUCGCAUUAAUUACGAAUUCGUUGAAUCUACGUAUAGUUUGCGUGUUAUUGUGAGAACCGUGUGUGUCUGUGCGUGAAUUUUUAUUCUGUUAAAACAGUGCACGUCGCGAGCGUUUGCGACUCAACGCUUUAUUGCGAGCCGAUUUUUUUCUCAACGAACAAACUGUUAUUCCGUAAGCUCGAUUUUUUUAGACCUUUUAUCAGCUUUCUUUGUAAUUCGUUUUUACAUCGGUGACGAUUACGCGGAAGCGUAUUCGAUUUUUACGUGGACAUUCGCAUGUAAAUAUACGAAUAAACUCUUAAAGGUACAUCGAUCGACGUUGUGCCGUUUCUUUAGCGAACUCUUAGUAAGUAUGACUAUUAUAAAUAUUGUUGUAAUAAUUGUAUAAACAGGAAUCUAAAAUUUACAAAUCUAAAGCCUGGUAAUAUCGGUGGCGAAAGUGAGUUGUAUUAGAAAUUUUUCCGUUUUACCGCGAAUUGCUUGUAUAAAUAAAUUCUGUAACACCAAAAAAAGUUCAAGGAAACCGCAUAAAUAAUUCGAUUGAUGUUCCAGUUGUUCUGAAUUUCUGAUCAACUCUCGAAUCACGUUUCCUACAAAUUGCGGAUGAAUACUUAAAAUUCGAUCGUCACGACGAACUUUCCUUGCAUUUCGUAUGAUCGCAGAAUGUUGAACGGAAUAAAACGAAAUGUUAUCGAAAUAAUAUUCGUAGAAAUUGAUUGGAUCAAUGAGCGUGCACAAGUAACAAGCAGAAUUAUCCCCGAAGUUUAAUGAAAUUUAUCGGAUUCGAGCAAAAACGGAUAAGUGUCUAUUUUGUCGAGCAUAUCAUUACGAAGUCGUGUACGCUGAUUGAGCUUCCAAGCAUUAAUUUCAACAGAGCUACGUAAUAGUAAUUUAAUUUCUCGUUCUCCUCCUGUUUCAUUGAUUUUUGCGAUUUUUUCCCUUUCUUUGAUAUCACUUCGGUGUUUUUAUCUUCACUUAUUUUCUCUUCGUUUCGCAAUUGAAAUCGAACGAUAAAUUCCGCCUGUGAACGGAAGGAAAAAGUUUUCAAAGUUUGCUUCAGCUUUCCAAUCGUGUAAACAUUCGGAUAUUGGUGAAUUCGAUACAUUUUAACUCGGAAAGGGAAAAAGAAAAAGUGGUAAUGUAAAUUUGUAAGUGGAGAGUUUCUUCAGAAAUUAUCUUUUCAACCAUUUUUCUUUUUCUAAAAUCGAUGUAAUAUUUUUACUUGUUUUCUAUUGCUCGAUUCUACUAUGUUUUGUCCUAAUGUCAGCUAUUAUAAACCGUUCUUUUGUAGAGUAUGAAAUAUGCGAUAAAAGACGUUGAUCAAACGAUGGAAUUUAAUUUCAUAUAUAAAUCUCUAUUGGAUUUGCAGAUAUUUCGAAUC